UUUCCUUUUUCCUUGCGAUAGGGAAAAGUGUCAGACAGUUUUUUUUAUUUCUUUAGAUGAGCAUGAAAUUUGUUUAUCACUCAAUUGGUUGCCAAUCAUCUUUUAAAUCACUCUUUUUUUUAUUCGUCGUUUUUGAGGAACAGUUUAUUUGUUUUUUAAAAGGAAACAAGCCGAUAAUGACGUCAUUUCGCUUCCUGGAGCGAUUCGUGAUUCGAUCAGCUGUUUAAGUGCGCGUGCACCGAAUGAAUAAAAUACUACUGCGCUGCGUGACCCUUGUUGUGGGUGGGUAGACAGGCAGGCAGGCAGGCAGGCAGAGGGCACACUAACUAACGAAAAUUUGACAUUCAAACCACUGUCGUACGCGUGUUACGAGUUGUUGUUGUUACAAAAUUAAUGGAAAAAAACGUCUGUAAUCGGUCGAUCAUAUUGGAAUUGCUGAUGGUCCACCUACUCAACUACCGGGUGUAUAGUGGAAUUGUCCUUGGGUGUCGUGACUCACGGCCGUCGCUCAAUUAUGCAAACGGAUAAUGGAAAAGGUGAUGUCGGUAACAUAAGGAAACUUUAACAGAAAAUAGUCUACACAGUGGGAUGAGAAUUAAAAAAAAAGGCCGAAGAAGAAGAAUCGGAUUGCUCAAGGACGGGUGGACUGGAGUGAGUAAGCCACAUCCUUCUUUUUUUCUUUUCCCCCCAGUUUCUUUUUUUUUUUUUUUAUUUCACUGGCACUCACGAUGCGUAGUAUAUAGUAGCGAGACACGUUGAGUUUCGGGUCCAGUGCCGUGGAGGAGAGUCUCAGAGAAAGAUGACGGGUGACGAGGUGAACGUAGCGUCUCGGCAUCAGAUCUUGUUGCCUAUAUCCGUCGAGUACACUGAAGAACCGGAAGAGCACGUGGAUAAUCAGAGUACAACCAGCGAAAGUAUGGCGGAAGACGAUCAUUUGUGUACGGCCGCCGUGGUCAUUGUAGUUGACGAUCCCGUUUCCCAUGUGACGACAGUCGAACCACCACCUCUCAUUCAGACGAAGGCGGCGACCCUUUUGGACGAAUUGUUUUAUCUCUUGUCCAUGGAUGGCGAAGCACUCUUCUACGACUCUGUCCAUUCUUCUUCUUCUUCUUCCAAUUGAACGGCACAAUUUCAAAAAUUCUAUUAGACCGUCUUCUGACGGCUAUUGUUUCUUUUUGUUCGUUUUGGUCGCUUCUAUUUAUUACACGCCCCGGUUGUUCUUCUUU